GGAUGGAAACAGGAGUGGGCAUCCGCUGCUGCGCUGCACGAAGAAGAAAGUUCGAGGAAAGAUGCACGAAGAGGAGGAUGAAGCAAACUCCUCCACGGCCUCCCGGCUCAUGGCCUUCAAGUCCGUGGAUGUGGCCGAGAUAGAGGGCUCGAAGGAGCAGGCCUCCAAACUGUGCGGGUACCUGAACAAGCUGUCCGGCAAGGGCCCGCUGAGGGGCUACAAGCCGCGCUGGUUCGUGCACGAUCCUCGCAAAUGUUACUUGUAUUACUUCAAGACUCCCCAGGACGUGCUGCCGCUGGGACACAUCGAGAUCGGGGAUGCGAGCUUCGUGUACGACGCGGAGGGCGAGGAGGGCCAGUUCGAGGUCCGCACGGCCGACAAGGAGUUCUUCUUGAAGGCCCCCAGCAGGCAGGUGAUGCAUUACUGGCUCCAGCAGCUGCAGCAGAAACGUUGGGAGUACAGCAGCACAAGAAGCACCGGCCAGAGAGACAGCUGGAGCUCCCCGACGAUGGUUUAUCCUCCCACCGGCCUCGUGGGCCAAGAUAACGACGGCUUCAUCUUCGAGAAGACGAGUGAGAGCAUGGAGAAGGUCCGCAGUGACCUGGCCAUGGAGACGGAGACGGAUGUUGGAGGACUGGUGGGGAUCCAGUCGGCCAGGGGGCCGUCGAUGCCCAACUUCUCCCUGAGAAACAUCGGGACAGAACUCAGGAACUCCAUGUCUAUUCUUCGGCCCAGAGCAGGUGAGAACAGGCGCAGCGUGUUUUACACCAACAACAGCAGCUCGGAGGAGUGGGAGAUGGUGGACGCUCCACCCAAGGACUUCCCUGAACACAAACCCCAUCCAGAGACGCACCGACAUUCUUUUGGGUCAGCGUUCACCUUUGAUUUCGUGCGAAACUCCUCCCGGCCUAAGAAGCCUCUGCUCAGAGACAUGAUGGGAUCGACGAGGUUCGGGCGCGGCGGUGACGCGCGCGGCUCGGAGAACUCGGCGGCGGAGUGCAACGGCAGCAAGCCUCCAGACGUGCAGCUCCGCCUGCAGAGCCAGCAGGAGGAGCUGAGCCAGAUGCAGCAGGAGCAGGUCCAACUCAGAGAAGAGCUGGCCAGCCACAAGGAGCUGGUGAGGCUUUUGCAGCAGACUCUGAGAACCUACCAGUGUGACAGACCCACGGUGCGCUGUGCACCUGCAGACGCACCUGCAGACGCCCCUGCAGACGCACCUGUACCUGCCGCCUCGGACCAGAGCCAAGCCAAGGAGGAGGUGGAGACGCUGCUCCGGGAGCGAGACGGACAGAUCCAGUCGUUGUGCGGCCACAUGGAGCGUCUCAGCCUGGAGAAGGACAGUCUCCAGCAAGAGCUGAAGGGCCUGAAAGUCAAGGUGGGGGAUAUUAACGACCAGCUGGGGAUGAUGAUGGAGACCAUCCAGGCCAAGGACGAGGUGAUCAUGAAGCUGUCGCAGCAGAGCCUGGAGCAGAGCGGGAACCCGGAUGGUGCCGGUUCGUCACCGCCGCCGCUCAGAGAACAACAGGAGCUGGACAUCCUGAAGGACAGCCUUCAAGGCUACAAAUCCCAGAACAAGUUCCUGAACAAAGAGAUCCUUGAGCUGACAAUGUUGCGCAGAAACACGGAGAACAGAGAAAAGGCUCUAGAAGCGAAGUGCACGGCUCUGGAGGCCAAGCUGUGCCAGGUGGAGAGUAAAUAUCUGGUGCUGCUUCAGGAGGUGAAGACCCCGGUGUGCUCCUCGGCGGAGCAGAGCCCUGCACGGGAGGUCAUUUCCAGGUUGUUGGAGGACGCGCUGCAGGCAGAGUGCACCGACCAACAGGAGCACCUCAUCUUCAAACCCAGCACCGUCAGCGAGUAUGACGUGUACGGCUUCAAGACGGUACCUGAAGAAGAGGAGGAGGAAGAGAGGCUGGUCGCUAAGGUGAGAGCCCUGGAGCUCAAGUCCCUGUCCAUGACGGAUCAGGAGGUUUCCGUCGGCGUCAAGUGGGAGAACUUUCUGGCCAGCACCAUGAACAGAGACCUGGUCCGCUCGCCGGAGCUCAAGGCCCUGAUCCGCUGCGGCGUGCCGCAUAAGCACCGCUCCCAGGUGUGGCGCUCCUGCGUCUCCUUCCACGUCAAAAAGUUCCGGGACCCUCCUUCGGCUCCCGGUUACUAUGAAGACUUGUUGAACGUGGCGCGAGAGAAGCCGAACCCGGCUUCCAAGCAGAUCGAGUUGGACUUAAUGCGCACUUUGCCCAACAACAAGCACUACUCCUCCACGAGCGCAAGCGGGAUCCAGAAGCUCAGGAACGUCCUGGUGGCUUUCUCCUGGAGGAACCCGGACAUCGGUUACUGCCAGGGACUAAACAGGUUAGCAGCAAUCGCCUUACUCUAUUUAGAUGAAGAGGAUGCCUUUUGGAGCCUUAUAGCCAUCGUAGAGGUCUUCAUGCCCAGAGACUAUUACACCAAGACUCUGCUUGGCUCUCAGGUGGACCAACGUGUGUUUAAGGACCUGAUGAAUGAGAAGCUGCCGCGCCUCCACGCCCACUUCGAGCAGCACAAGGUCGAUUUCUCCCUCAUCACCUUCAACUGGUUCCUGGUGGUGUUUGUCGACAGUGUGGUCAGCGACAUCCUUUUCAAGAUCUGGGAUGCUUUUCUGUUUGAAGGACCAAAGAUCAUAUUUCGAUUUGCUCUCGCUCUCUUCAAGUACAAAGAGGAAGAGUUUCUGAAGCUGCAGGAUUCCACAGCCAUCUUCAAAUAUCUGAGAUGCUUCACACGCACGAUCCUGGAUUCAAGGAAGCUGAUGAGCAUCGCCUUCGUGGACAUGAACCCGUUCCCGAUGAGGCAGAUCCAGAACCGUCGCUCAUUCCACCUGGAGAAGGUCCGGCUGGAGCUGACGGAGCUGGAGGCCAUCAGACAGACCUUCCUCAAGGAGAGGGAGACCAGUCAGGACAGGCGCAGCUUCGUCAGUGACGAUGAGGAGGACAACUGAGCUCCAGCCCGGUGUUCUUCCAGACUGCGCUGCUGAAAGAUGAAGACGAGGAGGACGCCCCAGCAGAGCAGUGACGUGUCACCGUCGUGAGGGUUUCAGUCUCCCCACUGAUCUCUGCAUGAGAGCUGGAACGAUCACCUCACUGAAACCACGCUUAAGGAUCAAACCAUUACAUCAGUAUUCCUGCCAUUUUUGUCAUUUUGUAAACGAUGUAUUUUCUCGCUGUAUACUUCUGUCUCUGUCUUGGCCAACGGUUAGCUCUUCCUUAAUGCCAAGCUCAUCGUUUAAAGCCUGAAUCAGUAUUGUUGAACUCGUGGCUGUGAUCUUUGUGGUAGGUGAUGCAUUUUUUUUUUUUUAUGCCCGUUGAAGGAAUUUUGUAUCAUUUUUACACUUCUUUUAAUAAGAAUUCAGAUCUUGUUCAAGUUCCCUGUUUUUCCAACAUACAUAUUUAUACAAACAUAUAUAUUUUUUAACAGUUAUCACUUCUAUAAUUUUUCCAAAUACCCACUCAGCAUUGCAUUUUUUCUUAAACACGUCUUUGAACGCACUUGAAUCAUUUUAUGCUGAAGAAGAAAUUCUGCUGAACCGUCCGCCUUGAAAAAUGUGCACCAGUUACACCAGUUUGUGCCUACCCCCCCCCAAAAAAAACAAAUUGGUAUGAAAGAAUGGGUCAAAACAUUUGUUAUUUACAUAUUAUUAUUUUAUUAGUCAUUAGUAUGUAAUUUUUUGGUUAAGCUGUGUAUUUUUAUAACCACAGCUCUAUGACGUGUCGGGUCAUUAAAUCACCAACAUUAGCGUGGAUCUGUAAUGCUGUACUUGUUUUCUGGGCCCAUCCUGAAGAUGCUGGUGUAGUUGCAUCACUUGUCCACAGGGUGGCAGUAUAACCGUUAUCUCGAGCUCACCGGUACCGGCUGCAGUGGAAGUGCAGUUUACAUGAACAUGAUUCACUUGUGGGAAUGGAUUAACUAUUUGAAAUCACUGAGGGAAAUAUUUCAGACAUUUGAAUGGUCUGUUCUGUUUUAUAUUCAGGUACUUGCAGGAUUGUCGGCACUCUAUUCUAGUCCCUACCCAUAAUGAGCCAGUUGAUAUCCCAAAUAUCAGGACUGGUUUGGUAUAAGAUUGUUAAUGUUUGGUCAGUGAACUGUGAAAACCUGGGUGAAUGGGGUUGUAGAUGAGGGAUGAGGGAUGAGCAAGUUUCCCCUCACUUUGCUUCACGUGUGCUGUUGUGUAGCUUUUUUUUUUCUCAUGUUGAGGUGUUUACAGAGAUCAAAAUCGACCACCUUUCGUCUGCCGCGGUAACUCAUCCAGUGAUGAAACAGAAAACUGUCUUUGUUCAUUAGAGCAGGUCUCUCUUGAUAUGAAAUGUGGAUCAAACUUUCUCUUUUCCAGUGUUUUCACGCCCUGGCUGUCAGGAUGUACUUAGUGCACUUCCUCUCUGUGGCUGGUUUAUUGUUUACUUUUGUUUUUGUCCAUUUAAAUGUCAUAUUGAGUAAGCUACUUUGAAAGCGAUUGUCCUUUCUGCAUCCAUUUCGAUAUCUUUCCUCUUUUCUUAUGCUUCUCCCAGCAGUGUAUUGCACAAAUGUAGUGAUGGGAUCAAUUCAGAAAUUUACUGAGCACUUCACAUUUUGUAUGAAAUUGUAAUUGUCUUAUCAUGUUUAUUGUUAAUUUUCAUUUAAUAAUGAAAACUUUAAAGUUUGUAUGUUAAAGAUUUAAGUAUACACCACUUUUUUGUAAAGCCACUUCAAUAAACAAA